CCUAGGGGUAGGUAUAUAUUUUCCGCUACUCAAAAUUCUCGUUAAGUGUGCGAGCGGCCGCCAUAUUGUCCCUUCGGCCUCUCCGCAACAUGCCUGGCUUCAGUGCAAAGCCAAUAUUGAUAGAUGGCGCCGGGCACCUGCUGGGGCGCCUGGCCGCCAUUGUUGCCAAGACUACGUUAGCAGGCCAGCGUGUGGUAGUGGUCAGAUGUGAGAAAAUCAACAUCUCUGGCUCCUUCUACCGCAACAAGCUGAAGUACCUGUCCUUCUUGCGCAAGCGUUGCAAUGUCAACCCCAAGCGAGGCCCAUUCCAUUUCCGUGCCCCAGCCAAGAUCUUCCAGCGGUGUGUCAGGGGAAUGCUGCCUUACAAGACCAAGCGUGGUGAGGAGGCUCUCAAGCGCCUGAAGAGUUUUGAGGGUGUGCCUCCUCCCUACGACAAGUCUGCAAGGAAGGUGGUGCCGGAUGCCCUGAGGAUCAUGCGCCUCAAACCUGGCCGUAAGUACUGCUUCCUUGGCCGCCUGUCCCAUGAGGUGGGCUGGAAGUACAAGAGUGUGGUGGCCACUCUUGAGACCCGCAGGAAGCUCAAGCAAGCUGUACUUCACAAGAAGAGGUUAACAGAUAAGAAAUUGAGGAGGCAGGCUCUUAAUAAGGUGUCCAAGAGAGUGGAGCUGUACACCAAGGUCAUGGUCUCCUAUGGUGUUGGAAGUCAAUAAAUGUCAUCACUGGA